ACGUGAUCCAGGUACAGGACCAAAGACCGAAGGUGUUCAGAGACCGAAGGUGUCCAUUUAGAGAGAACAGAACAGAAGAAGGAAGGAAGUUAAAUAAACACCAAGAAAAAGAAACAAAGCUGAGGAGGCAGGAAGUGUGAAUCCAGCUGCAUGAACCAGUGUGAGGACAGAGAGGAGGGAGCCCCUUCCUCUAAAACCAGUCUGUGUGGGGACCAUGAGAACCAGAACAAAGCUCAGAGGUGUUUUUAUGUCAGGUUCCAACAAAGACGAGGAUCUGCUGGACCUGGACCUGGACCCUGCUGUUUGUCCUUUAAGAGCGACUUGUCAAAUGAGCGUUUUAUUAAUUUUAAAGACCAACCUGUAUCACAAGUGGACCAGCAGAGCUCAGAGGUUCCCAGUGCUCAGUCUGUCCAGCAGCACCAAACACAGCUGGACUCCAUAUUUAUGGAUGAGGAGGAGUUGGAUGGUGAGGUCGAAGAGCAGAGGAAGAGCAGCAGAGACGCAUUUCUGAAGAUCACAGUGAACUUCCCGAGGAAAAUGAAGCAGGAGGAGCUGGUUGACUGUCUGCAGAAACCAGAUCCAAUGGUUCCGGUACCAGAGCCACGGUUCAUCACAUAUUACCAGCAGAUGCUUCAAUCAAACCUCCAAGACCAGUUUCUCUGUGUGAAACCAGGCUGGUCAGAAGUCGACCAAUGUCUGGAUGACAUCUACACAGAGCUGUACAUCACAGCUGGGCCGGAUUCACACAUCAACACACAGCAUGAGGUCCAACAGGUUGAGACGACACAGCAGAAGCAAAGAUCAGCAGAGGAGCCAGUGAAGCCCAGUGACCUGUUCAAACAUCCCCCUGGUAAAUACAGACGCAUCAGAACAGUGUUGACCAAUGGAAUCGCUGGGAUUGGAAAAACAGUUCUUGUGAACAAGUUUGUGUUGGACUGGACCCAACAAAGGUCCAAUCAAGACGUGCAUCUGAUUUUCCCCUUCACCUUCCGUCGGCUGAAUCAACUGAAGGGACAGAAGUUUAGUUUGUCAGAGCUCAUUCAUGAAUGUAUCCCAGAAACUGAGUCCAUCAGCCUGGAGGCUCUGAAUUACAUCUUUACACAUCUACAGUCAUCAGGAAACAGCAACUAUGACAAGAGCAGAUUCAAACUUCUGUUUGUGUUUGAUGGACUGGACGAGAGUCGCCUCCAACUGGACUGUAGCACCAGUGAGAAGGAGACGGGUCAACGUGACGUCACAGAGUCCACCUCAGUGGAUGAGCUGCUGACAAACCUCAUCAGAGGAAAACUACUACGCUCUGCUCGCAUCUGGAUCACCACACGACCUGCAGCAGCCAAUCAGAUUCAUGGAGACUUUGUUGAGGUGGUGACGGAGGUCAGAGGGUUCACUGACCCACAGAAGGAGGAGUUCUUCAGGAAGAGAUUCACAGAUGAGGAGCAGAGCAACACAAUCAUGUCCCACAUCAAGACGGCACGAAGCCUCCACAUCAUGUGCCACAUCCCAGUCUUCUGCUGGAUCACUGCUACGGUUCUGGAGGAUCUGCUGGAAACCAGAGAGGGAGGAGAGCUGCCCAAGACCCUGACGGAGAUGUACGCAGAGUUCCUGGGGUUUCAGAUAGAUCGGACUAAAGACAAGUACGGACCAGAACAGAGCAGCAACUACAUCAAGUCAUUGGCUAAACUGGCUUUUAAGCAGCUGCUAAAGGGAAACUUGAUCUUCUAUGAGGAAGAUCUGAAAGAGAGCGGCAUCGAUGUCAGAGGAGCCUCAGUGUGUUCAGGAGUGUUCACAGAGAUCUUUAAACAGGAGCGAGGGAGGAAAACCAAGGACAAGAUGUUCAGCUUUGUUCAUCUGAGCGUUCAGGAGUUUCUGGCUGCUGUUCACAUGAUGCUCUGUUACACCAACGGGAGGAUGGAGGAACUGGAGGAGUUCCUGAAAGACUCCAGACAGAACAAAUCAAAUUUAAAAACAAAAAAACAGGUGUUUGGAAAUAAAAGUGCUGAGCUUCAUUCUGAAAGUUUCUCAUCUCUGGAUGUUGUCCUGAGUAAAACCAUGUUUAAAUCCCUGUUCAGUCCAAGUGGCCACCUGGACCUGUUUGUUCGCUUCCUUCAUGGCCUCUGUCUGGAGUCCAACCAGAGAAUCUUAGGAGGUUUGCUGGGUCACACAGAGAACAGUCCAGAAACCAUCCAGAGAAUCAUCAACAACCUGGAGGAGAUGAACAGUGAUAGAAUCUGUCCAGACAGAAGCAUCAACAUCUUCCACUGUCUGAUGGAGAUGAACGACCACUCAGUCCAUCAGCAGAUCCAAGAGUUCCUGAAGUCACAGAACAGAUCAGAGGAACUCUCCUUGAUCCAGUGCUCAGCUGUGGCCUACAUGCUGCAGAUGUCAGAGGAGGUUCUGGAUGAGUUGGACCUGAACAAGUACAACACAUCAGAUGAGGGACGACAAAGACUGAUCCCAGCUGUGAGGAACUGCCGAAAGUUUAAACUUUCUGACUGUGAACUCACAGAGACUCACUGUGAAGUUGUGGCCUCAGCUCUGAAGUCCAACUCGUCACAUCUGACACAUCUGGACCUGAGCUUUAACAACCUGCAGGACUCAUCAGUGAAGGUUCUGUGUGUUGGACUGGAGAGUCCUCACUGUCGACUGGAGACUCUGAGAUUAAGCGGCUGCAGGUUAUCAGAGAUCAGCUGUGAUUCUCUGGUCUCAACUCUGAAAUCCAACCCCUCACAUCUGACACAACUGGACCUGAGAGGAAACAACCUGCAGGAUUCAGGAGUGAAGCAUCUGUGUGAUUUUCUGGAGAGUCGUCACUGUCGACUGGAGACUCUGAGAUUGAAUGGCUGCAGUUUGUCAGAGAUCAGCUGUGAUUCUCUGGUCUCAGCUCUGAAGUCCAACCCGUCACAUCUGACACAACUGGACCUGAGUAACAACAAGCUGCAGGAUUCAGGAGUGAAGCAUCUGUGUGGUUUUCUGGAGAGUCGUCACUGUCGACUGGAGACUCUGAGAUUGAGUGGCUGCAGUUUGUCAGAGAUCAGCUGUGAUUCUCUGGUCUCAGCUCUGAAGUCCAACCUGUCACAACUGAAACAUCUGGACUUGAGCUGGAACAAGCUGCAGGAUUCAGGAGUAAAGUGUCUGUGUGGUUUUCUGGAGAGUCGUCACUGUCGACUGGAGACUCUGAGAUUGAGUGGUUGCAGUUUGUCAGAGAUCAGCUGUGAUUCUCUGGUCUCAGCUCUGAAGUCCAACCCAUCACAUCUGACACAACUGGACCUGAGAUACAACAACCUGCAGGAUUCAUCAGUGAAGGCUCUCUGUGACCUGGUGCAGAGUCCAGACUAUGGACUGCAGACUCUGAGGUGGAGAAGUUCUGAUAGGUCCAUGUUACCGGGAGCAGAGCGUCCUACACAACAGACUGAAACAGAAGCCAGAACAAGUGAACAAAUGAAGUGGUAGUAUUUAGACAUCGGUGACAGUGUUGACUGUAAUUACUCUUGUUAAAGAAAACCUGAUGUAUUUUCAUGUAUAAUUUACUACCUCAUUUGCAUUUUUGAAUAAACAGUGUUUUCACACAAUAAUGCUUUAGUGGUGCAGUAGUUAGAUAUCGGGGACAGUGUUGACUGUAAUUCUUCUUGUUAAAGAAAACCUGAUUUUUGUAUAAACCGUGUUUUCACACAUUAAUGCUCUAGUGUUGUAAUAUGUAGUAGACGUUCUGGUCACAGACAGAUUGUUUAUAAAGCAUCUUUCCUGUAUAACCUGUGUCCUCAAUGCUGCGCUUUCACGUUUUAAUUCUCAUUUUCUUCACCAAUAACAGUUUAAUGUCGUACAGAAAAGCUCACAGACAAGAAAACAAAAACAGAGAAGUCAUUGAAUAACUUUAUAUUGACCAGAAUGAAUGAAAAGCUGCUCUGUGUCAUAUCUCAGCCUUUGAUGACCACCGUUAGCACUGUCUGUUUGCUGUUUCUGGUUUUACUUGUCUUCGCAGCUGUCUUCGUCAUAUUAAUCCAUUCUGUGUAUUUAAUCACCAGUCCUCACCUCAGUUUUCUGCCAGAUCAUGGCGUGUAAUCACCUCACUCCAGUGUUUCAUCAUCAGUUCCUGUUCGAGUAAGACCCUGUUUUGUUUGUUUGUUUGCCUGUUCCCUGGCUGUGCAUGUGGGUCCUGCAUCACGGUCUCUUCUUGACGGUUCCUGACACUCUGCUUCCGCACAGUGUGACAAACAUGUAACUACAACACGAGCGACGUUCAAACUGCGUCAGGUUGUUUCUUAUACAACUACAUUUACUUAAAUCGUGUACAGACAAGACAUUAACACCACAUUUACACGGCAUCGUCAUGGACAGAUAACAUGCUUCUUCCUGCUUCAAACUGCUGCCGUCACAAAGAGCAACCAGUGCAGCAUUCAGAAGUUGGUCACUGUGGUGGAAAUUUCCCAUAAAGAGGCAGAUGAGAGAGUUGUCUUUUGUGAGAUUUAUUAUAAAAAUCAAAAAAAAAAAGCAAAUCAAAAACAUGGAUGUUGAUCGUGCAAAUUAACAAACCAAAAACCAGCUGGGAGAUCAGUGCACACACCACGAAGGUGUGAUGCAAAGAGCCCACGAUCCUUAAGUUGCUUCUGCCUUUUAGCUUCUCUGUCAGACUUCGGUGGAACGUCUGUGUAAUCCAAUCAAAUUACAUGCACCAUCUCAUCACUGUCACUGUGUGUGUAAAGAUGUUUUCAUUCUCACACCUGCAUCACUGGCGUCUGACUAUCAGAGAGGAAGGAGCUCAGAGUCUCAACAGACAGAGACACAACUCCCCGGCCUUGGGUUUGGGAGCUAGAGUUCGUCAGACAGAGACAACCAUUUAACAAUCUAGUUGAAAUGUCAAAUACAUAAAACAGAUGUAAGACAAAACAGAAGAUAUUAAUUGCAGAACAUAAGUCAUAAAUCAUAUAAUAACUGCAUAGAAUAAAAAAGAAAAAAAAAUUCCCAGUCACCAGUUAACAUGGUCACAAGUUAAUACGAAACACCAGAGAUCAUAAAAUGGACAAUUAACAGAUUAUGUUACUGUAACUUAUUCCUUCACAGUUGUGCUCAGUAAUAGUGUUGAACACAUGACUUAAUUUCAAGAAUCACAGGCAGGGUAGUUUAUUGUGUGUUGCUUCCAUACACUGCAAACACAGUAGUUCACUACGUGCAUUUUAAUCCACUGCUGAAUAUUCCCUUAAUAAUUUCUGAGACAUGGAAAAACUCUCUAAUAUAGAAAAAGUAGCUUGGUUUGGUUAUGAGAAAUCUGCAGCUUCUUCUUUUUAUCAUUUAUUAGCCAGUGAAUAACAUACUUGUAGAUGGCUCAAAUAAUUGUACUGUAUACAAUAUAAAAAAUAAAUGAAAUAAAAUAA